AUGUCCGCCUCAAUAUCCACCAUCCUAAUUCUCGGCGCCACAUCCGGAAUCGGCGAAGCGUUCGCACGACACUACCACGCGCAGGGCAAAAAAGUAAUAGCAACCGGCCGCCGCGUCUCGCAUCUCUCAGCGUUACAAAAUGAGCUCCCGGGCUUGGAAACCGCAAUGUUAGAUAUCUCCAAUAUCGCUGCUCUCCCCGCGGCCCUCACCGAUAUCUGGAAAAACUAUCCAGACAUUGACGCAGUUUACAUCUUGGCUGGACUGCAGCGAUUGAUUGAUUUCAAUCACCCAGAGAGUACAACGCCAGAGAAUAUCUCGAAUGAGAUCACCACGAAUCUAACGGCGACGAUUGUGGUUGCGCAUACGGUGAUACCGUAUCUCCAAAAACUGGGGCGGGAGACGACCUUUUUGACGUGUUCCAGUGGUUUGGCGUAUGUACCGCUAGAGUAUUAUCCUGUGUAUGUUGCUACGAAGGCGGGGGUGCAUAAUUUUAGUGUGGCGUUGAGGUCGCAGUUAUCUGAUAGUCAGGUGAAGGUCUUGGAAUUGGCACCUCCAUACGUGGAUACGCCAUUGAAUAAUGGAUUCCGGGAUAAAUUGAUUGAGAAGCAGGGAGGGCCGGAAAAGGCCAUGAAACCUAUGCCGUUGAAGGAGUACAUGGAUGCUGCUAUUGCCAAGAUUGAAUCUGGAGAGAGGAAGGAGAUUGCGGUUGGUUUUGCGGAAAUGGGCGUUAACGCUUGGAGAGGAGCUUUUCAACCUAUGCUUGACAGGAUGGGAAAUCGUGGUUGA